CUGAUAUUCACAAUCCUAGCUGUCACUCUGCAAGUUAAUUAACAAUGCCUAGACACGGAGAUGAUGGACGGAGUCGGCGGCAACGUUUAACUUCUCCACAUCCUAUUGAUUAUGCGCGUUCCCAAGCAGCUAAAGAGGAAGACCACGACAGCUUUCGGAGAAAAUUCGAUGACGAUCGCCCAGGGAUGAAAGACCGCAGGCGACACUCCCGAAGCCCGGGCAGGCCAUCCCGCAGAGAACAUAGAUCCCACCGUCGAAGAAGCCGUUCUAGAAGCUAUGAAGACACUUCCAGAACACGACACGACCGUUCUAGCAGAAGUCCACAUAGAAAAUAUCGGGAUAGAAGCCGCGAUGACGACGACCGCGGGAGGCCGUCCAAUAGACGACGAAGUGUAUCAGGUUCAAAAACAAGAUCACCUCCCCUUCGAAUAUCUCGUAGCCCAUCUCCUAGACAUUCCAAACGCUCAAGAAACCCACUUCCAUCCCAGAAAGAUGCAUUCUCCAAAACCCCCGGAGACUCAAAAUCAGAAACGUCCACUCCACGUCCAGAAAAGGAGAAGCCCAACUUCGCUAAUACCGGCCGCCUAGCUGCGGAGACCAACACGGUAAAAUCAAGCGACGGCUUGACCUCCAUUGUCCUUAAAUAUCAUGAGCCCCCUGAAGCUCGAAAGCCGCCUACAAAGGACCCUUGGCGCCUCUACAUAUUUAAAGGAGAGGCCUUACUUGAGACGAUAGAACUGAGAGAACGGAGCUGCUGGCUUAUUGGGCGGGAAAGAUUAGUCGUUGACUUACCUGUCGACCAUCCAAGCUGCUCCAAACAACACGCUGCGUUACAGUUCCGCUUCGUCGAGAAACGGAAUGAGUACGGCGACAGGGAUGGUCGAGUGCGACCGUAUUUAAUUGAUUUGGAAAGCGCUAAUGGAUCUACUGUUAAUGGAGAGUCCGCACCCAAGGGACGAUACAUGGAACUUAUGGACAAGGAUGUGUUGAAAUUUGGGUUCAGCACCAGGGAAUAUGUUCUCAUGCUUCCGCCAUCUGGUUGACUAUCUCUUUCCUGAGCCGCAUAGAGCUCCCAAUGAAUUUAGGCCAUUGAAAUAUUGUUCCUACGCAAGGAAGUACUUAAAUAUGUACAGUACGGUUUUAUUCUCAACAACAAGACAACGAACUAUGAUACAAAUACCGUCAAAAUAUUCAUGUGCCACUCUCGCAUCUCAAGACGAGAACAAGUUCCAAGUUAUUAACCAACAUUUUACACUUGGGCUGUUUUUCCUUCCGUUCAGAAAAUAUUCGUCACAACGGGCCACUAACAAAUUAUGCUUUGCCCGUCAUCUCCUCGGCUUCCUCCUUAGCUUUCUCCUUAAGAUACUCUGCCCUGGCCUUCGUUUCAUCCUUAAGUUCUGAGGCCUUGUCUCCCGCCUCCUUCGCAGUCUUCACCGCCCCCUCCUCAGCCUGUUUCGAUUUGAUACCAAUAGUAUCUUUGAUCUUGUGGGUUGCCUUCUCUGUUCUCGUGCGAUUUUCGUCAGCCUCCUUGCUCUUGUUAUGCUACAGCAAUACUCCAAGAACCAACUCCUUUCCAAAAGCAAGACGGCGCUUUCUUAGGACUCUUAACAAAAGCAGGUGGGGGGGACAAAUCGAAAAGUAGCAGUGGAUCACUACAUACCACCCGUCUCAAUUCCCUUCACGGCAGCAUUUGACACAACGCGGUCUGCCUUUUUCAAUGUCUCCUUAGUUACUUCGAUGGGACCCCUAUCGGCCCUCCGAGCAGAGGUGGAGAAGAACGCCGGUCUAACAACUGCAACGCUGGCAGCUCUGGCUGGGAUCACGGCCGUCCUCGUGAGGAGAGUGGCGCGGGCAAGGAAGGACAUGGUGAUGAUGAGGUAGUAACUUGUUGAGAUACUUAUUUUGCUUUUUCAGGGGUCGAGAUACUAAGAGAAGGGGGGAUGGCAUGGUCAGCACACAUAAGUAACUUCUGGAUCUGUGUCAAGAGCAAGCUGCAGGGAUACGGUACGACGGGGUAUUUAUAUCGUCUACCUACCUUCUUCUGUCGAGGUAUCAGAAAAACUAGCUCUGUGGUACGAUGUACUCCGUAUGUUUGUCAAGUCAAUAUCGAAAUGGGGCAUAAAAGGUUUUUUCGUCAACGAUUUAAAAAAUAGCCAGAGUUCUUUGGUCUGAUGGGAAACCAAAGGGGUACUUAUAGCAGUGACAAUAGAGAUGAGGAGAAAGCAAGCCAUUCCCCAAUACACUGUGUUUCUCGUCAUUUCUGCGGGUUGGAGCUUCUUUUCCCUGACAAGAUUCACCUGUGACGUCACUCUACCAGGUUCAUGAGUGACGGCAUCGUACUGGAGGUAGAGACGUGGUCAUGUGACCUCCAAAACUGCAGAGUUCCUGCACGAGAGGAACCAGCUACAAUUAAUCAACUCUUAAUCUGUUUUCAUAUUAAUUUUCUAAAAGAGAAAUCUAGUUGAAAUAAAAGCAUAUGAAAAAUAACAUAAAAAAAUAUAAUAAUAAUAAUAAAGAAAAAAAAAAUCAUGGCCCUAUCAAACCCGGAUGUACUCCCAUCAUCAAAGUCAAAUAUAAAGCCCAAACUCCGGACAGAAAUAUCAGCGCAUUUCCCACUCAGUUUCUUGUUUCAAUAAUCAUUACCAGGCCGGGCAAAAACUCCCUUGCCAACAGCCCAUCCCAUUAUUGUAUCCACCCCUCUCUUUGUUGCAUAAAACAACAUGGCAAUACAUAUGACGCCAGGGAAUGCAUAAUGAAUCCCACCCCAUCUAUCACUUCAACAAAACAUUUACUUACUUAGUCUCUAUUUAAUAUUCAACUUGCACAUAAAUGAGCAAACCCCCUGAGUAGGAAAUAGUGUGAUGAAGGUCCAACUAUGCAGACGAGGGAGAAUAAAAAAUGUCGAGGUGAACUCGAACUCAAAGUAAAAUCAACAAAUUAGUAGUUAACAAAAAAGAUUAUUGGCGUCGGGCAUAGCUAUAUAUUCGGUCGAGCAGGUGAACUCCCACUUCUAAAUCGACCAUGGACCGGGAGAUUGCCAAUGUUUUCUAGCGGGAAGCGAGCCAUGGAUUGCAAUUGAUUAUCGUCACUUGCGCUAGGCAUCAGAUUACGGUCAGGGUAGGGAGGGCUUGUUGAAUGUUUCAAGGCUGUAUGAUCGCUGCCUUGGCCUGGCUUUUGGUCACGCCAUCUCCGGAGUCAACUAUCAUACCUGGGCCUGAAGAUGCACGGGACAUCGCAGUAGGCUCCAGUGAAUUUGGAGUGCCUGGACUAGAGCUGAUAGCGGAUCCACCACCACGCCCGUACGACGUCUGGGGAGAGCGAGUAUCUAGUCUGGACAUGCCGGGUUGAGAAACGUUAACAAGGGGUGAAGAGAGUCUUUUCCCCAGGUCAGGUGAAAACCUAGGUGGCACUCUAGUUGGCUCGGUAUGAAGCGAUUGGUCGGAUUGACCAGAAACAUUUCGCGACAUGGGCUGGGAUGAAUAGCCAGCUGGGAUUGAC